AUGACUACUUCUUCAUCAACGUCUUACGCCACUGACGGCGAGCAAGGACCUGGAGAUUACUCUCCUUUCGCAACUUAUUUCGUCGGACCUCGAGACUUCGCCCACCAUUCAAGAUGGCCUCUUUGGCUUCAAUUGCACGGUAGCGUGGUGCCGCAGUUAAUUCUUCCGCUGGCCAUAGUGGGAAUCUGGGCCACGGCGAUUACAUGUAUCACAUUGCUUUUGCACGAUAUAAGUUUUGACAGUGUCCUCUUGACAGUACUCGGUUUCGUCGUCGCUCUCUCGCUCUCCUUCCGCAGCUCCACGGCAUACGAUCGCUACAAGGAGGGAAGUCGAUACUGGAGCCAGUUAGGUCUAGUGACCCAAGGCUUCGCGCGCCUAGUCUGGAUACACGCGAAAGAACGAGAAGACCACGCCAGCGAGGACCUUCUCGGAAAGAUAUCAUUCUGCAACAUGCUAGCAACCUUCGCCAUAGCCCUAAAAUACCGACUUCGCUUCGAGCCCUUCACCCACUACGAAGACCUGCAGCCCCGAAUCCAGCAAUUAGACAUCCUCGCGAAAAACGCACCCCGUCGCGACUGGACCGUACCCUCGCGAUGGAAACUUAUGGGCAUGGUCCUUGGCCUCUCGAUGGCUGAGUCCAACCCGCGCAAACUCAUCAAAGAUCCCAAACACCCACUCGGCAACGUACCCUUAGAGAUCCUCACCUACUGCUCGGCGUAUAUCAAAACGAUCAUCGACAACGGCACGAUGCCAACACCAGCCUACCACGCGCAAGCAAUGACGCUCCUAACUCAAAUGAACGAUAUCAUCACCGGCACGGAACGAAUCGUCAACACCCCACUGCCCGUCGCAUACUCGAUUGCCAUCGCGCAAAUCACAUGGGUGUACAUUUUGCUUCUACCCUUUCAGCUCGUGCAAAAGCUGGGCUGGGUGGCGAUACCGACGUCCGUAUUGGCUGGGUAUAUCAUUAUCGGGAUUGCGAUGAUCGGCCGCGAGAUCGAGAAUCCUUUCGGCGAAGACGUGAAUGAUCUUUCUCUGGAUGUCUUCUGUAACCGGAUCCGCGAGGAUAUUGAUAAUAUUAUGUCUCUGAAACCGCCCACGCUGGCAGAUUUUGUGCAGCGCAAGAAUAAUAUGGUUCUGUAUCCUCUUUCUGCGGAAGGGUUUGACUCGUUGAAGGUGCUCGAGCCGCAGCAGAUCCGGCAUAUGCUGAAGGCAAGAUUGGAACUACGACACCGGGCAUAG